AUGAGAAAUCAACUAGAGAUCCUGAGGAAAUAGUAACAAAAGUUGCUAAUGCAAAUGAGAAUUCAAUUUCAGAUAUAAUUUUUAAUUGCAAAAAAAAUUAAUGCAAUAGUUGAUCACUUUAAAGAGAAUUACACAAAUGAACAACGGAGAGAAGUAUAUGAAAAGCCUAUGCAUUUGCUAUUCCAUUUGAUUUUUGGACAUAAGCCAGAAUACGCUAGCGAUCUUAUGGAGCCAUUAUAUGAAGAUAUAAUUGGACAACUAUCACCAUUUUCAGAAUUCCCUUGCUCUCCUAUUUAAUUCGCAAGAUUGUUUUGA